AUGGAAUUGGCCAUUUCAGUCAAGAAAAAAUUGGGGUUCUUGAACGGUUCCAUACCUAAACCUCCCAUGUCUGAUCAAACAGUCUAUAAUGCUUGGAUUCGCAACAACAAUAUAGUGAUUUCUUGGAUAAUCAACUCGGUUUCUGAGGAGAUUUCUUCCAGCAUUCUCUACAACGAGUCAGCUGCUGCAAUAUGGAAUGAUCUCAGGGUAAGAUUUCAGCAAAGGAAUGGUGCACAUAUCUACAAUCUCAGGAAGAUUUUGAUGAAACUUAAACAAGAAACUCAGUCUGUUAGUAUGUAUUUCACCAAGCUCAAAACAGUGUGGGAAGAAUUGUCAAACUUCAGAUUUAGUUGCACAUGUAAUGGCUGUACAUGUGGGGGAGUCAAGAAGUUGCAAGAACAUCACAACAUGGAAUACAUCAUGUCUUUUCUCAUGGGAUUGUCCGAUCUCUAUUCACAAGUGAGAGGUAAUAUUCUUGUUAUGGAUCCUUUACCUGAGAUUAAUAGAGUUUUUCAUUUAGUCACACAGGAAGAGAAUCAAAGAGGGGGGCAAAAUGUUUCUGUCGAUCCCAACUCCAACAUGGCUUUUGCCUUUCAAGGAGAAAGAAACUCGGGGAAACCAGAUCCUCCCAAGAAUCAAGCAUAA